AAUGUAACUUACAUAUCUCCCCGAUACCGCUAGGUAAAAGCAAAUAAAGUUAUCACCGACUCCAGACUGUUAUCGGUGAGAGACUUAGACCUUCAGCUACACAGAUCGGUAGGAGUCAAGGACAAGAACAUCAGGUACCACAAGAUGGCUGCAUUGCUAGGAAACUGGCAGUUGGAACGUCACGAAAACAUGGACGAGUAUAUGAAGGCUGUCGGGGUGAACAUCAUAUUGAGGAAGAUGGGUCUCUCUAUCACGAGCUACGAGGAAAUCAAGCAGGAUGGCGACAGCUGGGAAAUCCAUAUCACAUCAACUUUCAAAAACGCUCACUUAAUAUUCAAGCUCGGGGAGGAAUUUGAUGAGGAAACUAUGGAUGGACGAAGGGUCAAGUCAACCAUUGUCCUGGAAGGCGAUAAACUAAUACACAACCAGACGGCAGUGAAGGAAGAUGACGAGAACUCGACGAUCACACGAGAACUUGAAGGGGACACGCUCGUCAUCACAUUUGUGGCGCUGAAAAAGAAUGUGACGGCCAAACGAUUUUAUAAACGCUACACCAAAUAGUCCUGUGUGAAUUUAAGGAUGAGUGCCCAACACUCUGCCAUCAGUAUGAAGCAUGUGGUCUACCCUGAUGUAUCAAUACAGAUGUCUAUUCUGCAUCAACGGCAUCUUCAGAGACGGCACCUUCACAAAGUACUCUGGACAGUCUUGGACCAUGUGCCUGUUUUCACACGUAGUUUAAUGUAGUUCCUAUGAUUUUGUAUUGGGUCAAUAAAUACAUUUUCCCAUA